CUGGAGUGUCUUGGAUAGGUCCACCUCUCCUGUGGGACGACCAUGACCUUACCGGGCUGGACAAAGCGUCCGGGUCGACACAACCCGCUGGACCUGCUGCCGCCGCCUGCGACCUCCAACAAGCCUCUCACUCCCUUCAGCAUCGAGGACAUCCUCAGCAAACCCUCGGCGAUGAUGACGCGCGGCUGCAAACACGUGUGCGCCGGAGCCAAGGCGCCGUCCGCGGGACGCUGCCGCCCAGAAGGGCCGCUGCUCAGUGACUCGUCUCCGUUAUCCGCUCUGGAGGAGCUGGCCAGUAAAACCUUCCGCGGCCUGGAGGUCAGUGUCCUGCAGACUGCCGAGGGCGCGGAGGGCGUGUCGCUGCUCGGCCACAAGGUCGCGCCGAGGAAGCGCCGCAAGUCCCGCACGGCCUUCACCAACCACCAAGUCUUCGAGCUGGAGAAGCGCUUCCUCUACCAGAAGUACCUGAGCCCGGCGGACCGGGACCAGAUCGCCCUGCAGCUGGGCUUGACCCACGCGCAAGUCAUCACCUGGUUCCAGAACCGCAGGGCUAAACUGAAGCGGGACUUGGAGGAGAUGAAGGCGGACGUGGAGUCGGCGAAGGCCGCCGGUGCUGUGGCCCUGGAGAAGCUCGCGCGGCUGGCGGAGCUUGAACGGUGCGCGGAUGGAGGCCUGGGACUAGAUCAGCCGGAACCGGAGCGGGAACACACACCGACUGGACCGAAGGGUGCUUCAUCUCUGCGCGUCGAGCCGGAGAGCAGCAGCAUGGGUUCUGAGGAGGAGAUCCAGGUUGACGACUGA